AUGACCACUCUUCCUCUUUACUGGGAUCUCCCUUCAAACUCGAAAAAACAGCGAAUUGACGCCUCGGUCAAGCUCGUUGGCGCCCUUGAACAGUUCCAAUCUCAAUUCGUUCCCAAACCUCAACAACAGCCGACAAAUCGAAGUAAUGGAGACUCGGAGGAUAGCGAUGAGGAUGAGGAUAUGGAGGAUGAGGGAGAGGCUAGGGAUGUGAAAAAGGACGGAGAAAACCUCGAUUUGUUGAAUGCUCAAGACGUCUCGUAUGCGAUUCGGCGGUUAACCCGUGGUUUGGCGAGUCCUAGAGAAAGCAGUCGACUGGGUUUUGCUGUUGCCCUGACAGAGUUGCUGUCGAGAAUUGACACCGUGACCUGUUCACAAAUCGUCAACCUGAUAAUGUCGAGCAGCAAAAUCCAAGGGUCAAUGUCCGGACAGGAAGAACGAGAUAUGCUUUUCGCUCGUCUAUUUGGUUUCAUGUCCGUCAUUCGAUCCGGCCUCCUCCUACGCUCAACACCACUCGCAACCUCCGCUUCAUCCAACACAGCUUCUUCAAGCCUCGAAGCUUUCGAACAAGUAAUCAAAGAACUCUUGGUAUUGGGGGAGAAAAAGACGUGGUUGAGGGAAGCUGCGUGGUUCACGAUUCAAUUGGCUGUCGACGCUUUGGAUGAAUCGAAGGUGGAGUGGAAGAAAGGAGCAGUGGAUGUGCUUUUCCAGAACCUCAUUGUGGACAACCCCGCUUGGUCGCCGGAGAAAAUUGCCCUGGUUAUCAAGUUGCAGGGACUUUACCCUGAACGGGAUUGGCAGGCUUUGGUUGCUCCUACCUUCAAGAACGCCAAUUUACUCAGCUCGUCGAAUCUCUUGACGGUUUCCAAGAUUCUCAAGGAAGCCACAGUGGAGGAGGAAGGGCACGAGGAGGUGACCAAGGCGCCCAGCAGUCUAUGGAAACCUCAACUACACUUCGCUUGGGGCGUUAUCCUCGACCAACUUCUACCUGGACCCAACGAUCCCAAAGGCCCGUCCAAGGGCUCUCUCCAGGAGUUCUUCCGAGUGGUCGUUGACGAAUCCCUCUUCUCUGCAACCUCUUCGCCACAACGCAAAUAUUGGGGUUUCCAAGUCUUCCAAAAGGCACUCAAACGCGUCGACCAGGACAGCAUGCCCAUGCUCUUCACCAAAAACUUUAUGCGCUCCUGGAUUAAUCACCUCUCGAAUAAGGACCGAUAUUUGCACAGAAUCGCUCAGCAGACGGUCACGGAAGUCCAAGCCUUCGUCAAGGACAAGCCCCAGCUGGGCUUCGCUCUGAUCCUCCAACUGACUGGUGUCAACGGAAGCCAGCAAUUCGACAAGUUGACCAAGACGAAGACAGUUGAGACUAUCCUCUCCUCAAUGAACGCCGAAGGAAUCCAAAACUAUGUCACCUACCUCUUUGAGCAGUUCAACAAGGGUGAUGAAAAGGCCAGUCAAAGCGACAUCGACAGCCGCCGAGCAUGGAUUCUCGAGCAGCUCAACGCCCUCAUUCGAAAUGGCAAGAUUCCCAAGUCUGACGAAUGGAUCAAGUCAGCUUUGGACUUUAUGGUCGUUCACGGUCUGUUCGUCAUUCAAAAGAAGAAGUCCAAGAGUUCGAUGGUUGCGCUUCGCGAGGCUCCUCAACCGCCUGUUUCGGAAGAAACGCGAAAAGUUUGCAGGAGGCAGACUACCGUGAUCAAAUCUGACGACAAGACUAUCAAGGCUGCAGCUGCCGCUUCCGACGGUGAACUAUGGCUCGCCAAAGUUCUUUCCGCCAUUCAAUCCCUCGAAGCCGACUCCAAGCAUGUCUCUUUGUUCAUCGAGUUGGAGGAAGAGGAGACAGAGUUGUUCAAGAAGGGAACGGAGGUAUUGGACAAAUUGCGAAAGGUCUCUGGCGAUAACGCCGAGAUAGCGAAGGGUGCCGAGCUUUUGAUUUUGGCGUUGACUGUCCAGCAGUACUGCGAGGAGGAACAAGAUCCUAGCUCACUCGAGAAGAAGUCCAAAAAGAAGAAAGAAAAAUCCAAAAAGUCCGCACCCGAACCUGAAGCGGACGGGGAGGGAGACGCUGCGUUCGACCCAAUUGAUGUGUUGACGGAUGUCAUCAUUGGUCUCUUGGAAGGCUCAACGCCGUACAUGCGCUCGAUUGUGAACCAAGUGUUUGGUUACAUUUCUGGAUCGGUCAAGGAGAGCACGAUUGACCUGCUGGUUGCUCAACUGGAGAGACGCUCCCCUCAAGAGCUGGCGGCAGACGACGAUGACGAGGAGGAGGAAGAGAUGGAAGAGAUGGAAGAGGAUGACGAGGGUGACGAGGAGAAGAGUGACGACGAUGACAACGACGAUGGGAGUUCGAGUGGAUCAGAGUCUUUUGGAGAGAUUGACCUUGAUUCAGAUGGGGAUGAAGAGGUCGACUUGGAGUUGCGGAAGAAGAUUGAGGCUGCCCUGGCUGCCAGUGGUAUCCAGGCCGCUACUGGAGAGAGCGACGACGAAGACGAGGACGAAGAUGAAGAUGAAGAUGAAGAGUUGAUGGAUGAUGACCAGAUGAUGGCCAUCGACGAGCAGCUGGCCAAGAUCUUCCAAGAGCGUGCUAAAGAGAAAAAGGGCAAAGAUGUCAACGCACAGCGGGAGGCAACGCACUUCAAGAACCGAGUUCUUGACCUGCUCGACGUCUACAUGCGCAAACAUCCCACACACCGCCUCGUUCCCCGCCUCGUGCUCCCUCUAAUCAACGUUAUUGUCACCUCUGGCUCGGACGAACAGCAACUCAAAGACAAGGUUACGGGCAUCCUUCGCUCGCGUAUAUCUAAAGCCAAAGAAUACCCGACAGCUAACCUCGAUGCUGAAGAAUUGUCCGAGUUCCUCAUCGCACUGCACACUCAAGCGCGCAAAGCACACGGCUCGGAAAUCAUUGAACUGCUGGGAUCGUCGAGCAUCUACAUCUCCAAACUCCUAUUCCAGCUGGGCAAGGACGACGUUGUUGCCACUGCUUAUCGGGAAUCACUACAGGACUUCUUGACCCGCAAGAACUCGUCAUUAAACUCUCAGUUCUUCAAGAUGUUCUUCCUGAGGUACCCUGCGCAUGGCUGGAAGCUGCGAAAAGAACUUAUUGAGCUCUGUGGAAAGGCCAUUAAUGGGUACCGACAGGCCCAGACUAUCCAACUGCUCGAGAUUCUCGUCAACCAACUUCCUAGCAUCGAGGAGAAGCCCCCGGCUGUUGCCGAGUUCAUGUCAUCACUGCGUCGCCUAUUAUUGGAACUGGCAACGCAAUCCUGCACGGAGAAGCCCAGGCUCAAUGCAGCCCAGCUGAAGGAGUUGAUGAAACUUGCCACAGCUGGCGUACGGCAGUCGAAGCGUGUCAUCCCGGACUCUCUCUCAGAAACAUGGCAACCCGACUCAUGGACCUCCCUCAAGUCCUCCUUCCAAAAAUCCCCUCGUUUCGGUUCAUCCACCGCAAUGCACAAGCAGUGUGACCAAAUAGCGCAACUAACACGACCUGCAACCAAACAAAGCGACAAGGACGACUCUGCCAAAACCAAAAAGAAACGUAAAGCAGAAAGCGAACCGGAGACCAAAGUGAAAACAAAAAGCAAAAAGGUCAAGGUCAAGUCAUAA